CCCCGCCCGGCGCAGCGUGGCCAUGGCGGCGGCGGCGGCCCGCGGGGCCCUGGCGGGGAUCCUGCGGCGCUGGGCCCCCCGUGCGCUCCCGAUCAGCGGCCACUUCGCCCGGUGCGUCGGGCACGCACCGGCCCCGGCCCCGCUCUGGACCCCGCGGCUGCUCGGCGAGAACCGGCCCCGGGCAGGGACCCCCUCGGUGCUCAGCAGUGUCACACCUCUACUUCCAAGUUUACUCCAGCAGCCAGCAAGGACCCUCACCUACUGCAGCCUACGGAAAGGAAAGAGGAAAAGUGUGAAAUCUGUGGUCAAAAGGUUCCUCCGGCUGCACAACGGCCUCUGGGUGAGGAGAAAGGCUGGUUAUAAGAAGAAGCUGUGGAAGAAGUCAGCUGCCAGGAAGAAGCGUUUGAGGGAGUUGGUGCUGUGCACCAGGACACAGUGUAAGCUCCUGGAUAAAAUGACCACUUCCUUCUGGAAAAGAAGGACCUGGUACGUUGAUGACCCCUACCAGAAGUACCACGACCGCACAAACCUUCGUGUGUAAAUCUGGGCUUUGCACAUCUCUGGUCCUGUGGCAUGGUCUGGGUGUUGGAACAUGCAUCUGUACUGCCUGUACUUUUUAAAAUAAAUAUCUGAGCAGAAUUAUGGGAAUCAAUGCCCACAAUAAAGGAAUACUCGAAUUUGUCUUCA